AUGGUGUACGUCUCUUCAUUCAACUCAACCCGUGACACCUCGACCGGCUCGAUGACUGGCGACUCACCGGUUAGCGAAGCGUCCAGGCGGUCAACCCCACGUGGAAGCAGCUCAGCAAGCAGUAUAAGCACAGCACACAGUGGAGCGAGUAGCAGCGGUAGCUCAAGCUCAAGUGAUUACGGCGAAGAUCAGGACCAUGAUCGAAUGGCAGAUGUCGCCGACGUUACUGGUGUUCCAUUGCGACAACACUCCAAAUCGCGUAGCCGUCGGUUAGCACGAACAAAUGGUGUUAGCAAUGGAACGACAAUCUCGUCCUGUGUACCCAACACUGCUCCACAAAUGCCAGUAACUGCUGCAGUUACGGCUGAGCACUAA